AUGGCCGACCCCACCAACGACCCCGAAGUCUCCUUCACCCAAAUUGACGUCGACCUUGACAUCCAGGAGAUUCUCCUCGCCGCUUCUCAACAUGAUAUUUCCAAGCUCCGUCGCCUCCUACGCACACAAUCCGUUCUCCCGAACGCCGCAAACGUUAAAGACCCAGAGACCGGCUACUCGCCCCUCCACGCCGCCAUCGCAGCCUGCGAGCCCGAAGAGGAAGAGGCGAACGGCGCGAAUGGCGCACACGCGGAUAGCAAGUCAGAUGAGAAUGCCGAGCUGUUAAAGUCCGGUGUUGAGACCGUGAAGUUUCUUUUGCAGGAGGGCGCGAUCUGGAAUGAUCUCGAUAACAACGAUGAGACACCAGGGUGUCUUGCACGACGAAUUAGGGCGCCGGAGCUGUAUGAGCUUAUCCUUGAUGCGGGUGUCAGGGCCGAGAUGCUUCUGAGUCGAUUGGAAGGGUAUGAGGAGUUAUUCGACGGGGAUGACGAGGACGAGAACGAGGAGGAAGAGGGUGUCGAGACAGACGCCAAGGACGAAGUCGAAGACGAGACCGCUCCGGAACUCGUCGAUGCGUCCGCGACAAAUGCUGCAGCUACAUCUGGAGAGCUUGAGAACCCCGCGGUGUCGAACCCGGGUUAUCUUGACUCUUCCCUACACAUCACCAACGACCGGAUCCUCGACGCAGAUCAGAAUGGUGUCAUGAUGAGUUGGGAGAGCUCUAUCAUGAAGAGUUCUGCGCAGAAGCUGCUCCCGCGACCGGGUAUGAAGGUUCUCAACGUCGGACACGGUAUGGGUAUUGUGGAUGGGUUCUUCCAGGAGCAAAGCCCUGCUUCGCACCAUAUUAUUGAGGCACACCCGGAUGUUGUUGCGGAGAUGAAGCGGCGCGGGUGGGACUCCAAACCUGGUGUCGUGAUCCACGAGGGUCGAUGGCAGGAUAUCUUGCCUGACCUUGUUGGUGCGGGCGAGACUUUUGACGCUAUUUACUACGAUACGUUUGCGGAGUCUUACAAUGAUUUCCGGGAAUUUUUCUCGGAGCAGGUCAUUGGGCUGUUGGAGCAGGAGGGCAAGUGGGGAUUCUUCAAUGGUAUGGGGGCUGAUCGACAAAUUUCUUACGAUGUGUAUCAGAAAGUCGCAGAGAUGGAUCUCUUUGAAGCUGGCUUUGAUAUUGAGUGGGAAGAUGUCCCGGUACCCAAGUUGGAUAACGAGUGGGAGGGCGUAAGAAGGGCUUAUUGGGUUGUGGAUAAUUACCGGCUCCCAUUGUGCCGGUUUAUGGAUUAA